ACGAACUGGACUGUCACUGAAUUAAACCGUUUGCAGAAACAGUAAAUCAAAGGUGAAAGAGUAACUAGGCUAGCUGGCUAAGUUAGCCGGUUCGCUAAUGCCACCUAACGCAGGUUGUUGUAGAGUGGAGACCGGUCAGGUGUCAGAAGAAGAGCGUCUCCUCGUCUGUUUCGGUUGGCUGGUUGAACAGAGAGCGAUGGCUGGUCCAGAGCUCUUAUUGGACUCCAGUAUUCGGCUGUGGGUGGUCCUGCCCAUCGUCUUCAUCACCUUCUUUGUCGGGAUCAUCCGUCACUACGUUACCCAGCUGCUUCACAGCGACAAAAAGGUUGACCUGGAGCAGGUUUCUGACAGCCAGGUGCUCCUGCGCAGCCGCAUCCUCAGAGAGAACGGGAAGUACAUUCCCCGACAGUCUUUCGCCAUGAGGAAACAUUACUUCAACAACGAAGAGACCGGCUUCUUCAAGGUGGUCAAGAGGAAGGUCGUCCCCAAGAACCCCAUGACAGACACCAGCAUGUUGACGGACAUGAUGAAGGGAAACCUGACCAACGUCCUGCCCAUGAUUGUGAUCGGUGGGUGGAUCAACUGGGCUUUCUCUGGAUUCGUCAUAACCAAGGUGCCGUUCCCUCUGACUCUGAGGUUCAAGCCGAUGUUGCAGCGAGGGAUCGACCUGCUGUCACUGGACGCUUCCUGGGUGAGUUCGGCGUCCUGGUACUUCCUGAACGUGUUUGGACUGAGGAGCAUGUACAGCCUCAUACUGGGUCAGGACAACGCUGCUGACCAGUCACGGAUCAUGCAGGACCAGAUGACGGGUGCUGCCAUGGCGAUGCCCCCUGACCCCAACAAGGCUUUUAAGAGCGAGUGGGAGGCGCUGGAGAUCGUGGAACACAAGUGGGCGCUGGAGAACGUGGAGGAGGAGCUGAUGUCCAGAGACCUCAACUUCGGAACCUUCUUCAGCCAGGACAUCGGGUCCACCAUGUUCUAGACCAACGAGGACCCGUGAGCUCUGCGACAUCUGCGAAAGGUUCUAGGACUCUGUCUUUACAACAGAAUCUGUUCUGAAGGUUCUAGAAUCCAAUAAGUUAAGCCGUGUCUGAAAUCAGCCUUCGCUACCUCAGGACCUUCAUUGACUUUCUGCCUUUUUACGAGACUCCAGACUAAGCGUGUAAACGUGACGCACUCCUCGGUGCCUUCAGAAAUCUACACACUGGGACAGAAAGUACACUGUUGCUACACAAAUCCAACAUGGCAGUACUUCAGCUCGGCUCCUGAGAUGGUAGAUCAUUACAACCGUCAGUGACGCUGCAAGUUUCAGCUUAUUGCUCACUUACGAUGAUUCGUGAUUAUCGCGACCAAUGUUUCUGUUUUACAAAAAAAAAAAAACUUAAUUAGCUCCACUUUCUGACUUUUUCCAGAUCCCACAGUCUUCAUCGGAAAAUUGGUAUAUAUUUGUAAAAAAAGAAA